AUGCCACGUAAGUUUUAAAACCAUUGUUUCUGAUCUAGGGAAAAAUCGAUAUUUUUCAAAACAACUCAAUUUUCUUUUCAAUGUUCACAAUCUUUUGAAACGAAUCGAUUUGUCACGGAACAACGGUGCUUCGAGUUCUUUAUUCUGCUAAUUUGUCGAUUGAUUGAGUUUUUCUGGUUCCGUUGACUGAUUUUCUGGAAAAAACCACAUGUUAGCACAGUAAACAACUUUUAAAACUUAUCUUUACCUCAAAUUACCUGUUAAACACAAAAAAUCAUCGAAAGACGGGGAAAGUCGAGCUGAAACUUCAAAAUAUCACUGCAUUUGCAGCAGAGAAACGCGUGCGGCAAACUUGCAAGCGAGGCCACGCCCCCUCCUCUUGAGAAAACAGUGCAACUUUGGAGCGGUGCAGCUCGGGAUGUACUGAAAAUUUUCGAGAAAAAAAUUGAGAGCGUACUAAUAUAGAGUGGGGGAACACAUUCUAGCAAAAAGUUUGUGGAAAUUCGGCGUUUUGCGAAGCUUACAUAAGUGUUUCUAUGCAGACAGUUCAUCCGGUCGAUCCGCUCGAGCCUUCCAACUCCCAGUCUUGGUUUCAACAACAAAACGGCCGGUAGUGACGUCAUACUCGGAAUCCAGAAGUUUCUAACGCACUACCCGCUGUGUGGAUCCACACUUCUUCUGCUGAUCAAACGGAAUUCCGAAGAGAGACACGUGUCCGAUAUCAUUUACAAACUCACGAGCCGUAACAUAAUCGUGAACGUCAUCGAAAGCGAUGAACCGUCUGGCGGCGCUUCAUCGCGAUCUCUCUACGAACUGUCCACUAAAUCCAACGGAUUCUACAUUUUCAACCAGGAUUCACAGAUUUCCGGGGUAAACAUGUUUGCCCGAAUCUUGUGCCCAUGCAAUCAUUGUUGUUGUUGCAGAGUGUAAACGAGACUAUGACCAAUCUUUUCGGCUACAACCUUUGGUACUCUGUCAACGUAACCGUCGUCGGAAAAGGAGGAAUGCGUCUUCCACAAGCGUUCUUCCCACAAAACAAGCCAACAGUUACCGUCAACGUUGGAAUCAGCCUUCAAAAUCAUCGUAACAUCUACACAGUUUCUGGCCUAUUUUUAAGUUUACAGCAUUGACAACCGACUUUCAUAACUAUGAACUGACGCUCACCUCACCUGCGGGCGCUCGUUAUAUGUCUUACAGAGGAGUCGCCGCUUUUGUUCGUCUUUUUUGUUGAUUUCCACUUGAAUCAGACGGUUUAGGGAAACGCGGAUUACGCCAGCUUUGAAAUGUACUCGGCUGCGACGUGGGAUGUCACACUGAGCUAUGACUAUGCACUGAACUCGACAGGAGUCAUACAAAUUCGAAUGUAUCUCGAUGAUUGA